CAGAAAGAGAUCAUCAGAGAGAAAAGAAAAUUAAUCAAUGGCAGCAAGACAACAACCAAAAGGAACAGGCUUGGGGGUUCAGUAUGUGGAUCUUGUCCCCAAAUCCGAAUGGAAAGAACAACCUGAAGCCAAUAUUCUCACCAUUGAUCUUCCAGGUUUCACAAAAGAGCAAAUAAAGGUAACCUUUGUGCACACCACAAAGAUGAUAAGAGUCACUGGAGAACGUCCCCUGGCUGAUCGGAGAUGGAGCCGUUUUAAUGAAGUGUUCAAUGUCCCACAGAAUUGUCUAGUGGAUAAGAUCCAUGGGAGCUUUAAUAACAACACUCUAACAAUCACCAUGCCUAAGGAGACGAUUACAAAGAUGCCUAAUCUUCCAGAAACUCCUAAGACUGUGGCUGAGAGGGUGGAGAAGCUAGAGGAGAAGAGGCUGUUGGAAGUAGCUAGAAAGAAGGAAGAAGAGGCUGAGAAGAUUAAGAAGCUUCUGGAAGAGAAAGAGGGGAUUAUUAGGAAACUGCAAGAAGAAGCUAAAGCAAAAGAGAUGGCUGAGAACAGGAAGCUGCAAGAAGAAGCUAAAGCAAAAGAAAUGGCUGAGGCAAGGAAGCUUGAAGAAGAAGCUAAAGCAAAAGAGAUGGCUGAGGCAAGGAAGCUACAAGAAGAGGCUAAAGCAAAGAAGCUUGUGGAAGAAGCUGCACUAGAGAAGAAAAAGGCUGUUGAUGAAUCUGUUACAAAAGAGAAGAAGCUUCAAGAAGUGGACUAUAAAAAAUCCGUGUCUGAAAAAGUAAGCGAGGCUGUGAAAUCAGCAGAAGAAAAAUUAGGUUACGUGGUGGAGAAGGAAAAGAAAAUAAGGAAAGGGAUAAUGGAGAAAAUAAAGGGAAAAGAGUUAACAAGCGAAGAGAAGAAGUCAAUGGUGAAUGUAGGAGUGGCUACUCUGGUUCUGUUUGCCCUUGGAGCUUACGUUUCUUACACCUUUUGCUCGUCUUCUUCCUCUUCCACAUCGUCAUCUUCUUCAUCUCCUACUUCUUCUUCAUCACCUUCUACUAAACCAGAAUGAUCUGUUCUAAAGAAGAAGUUGUGAGAAGCAGGGCUAUUAUACUUUGUAAAUGUGAUAUAUAUUCCGAAAUAUAAUAAAGUUAUAUUGAUCGUGAA